CUGGACCUUGCGUUGAGCUACCCUUCCGGUGACAACCUGGCCGCCGGGAGCAGCAUCUACGUGCGCGUUCAGAAGGGUAGUCAGCCCAUCUCUGGCGUGAAGACCUACCCCCUCUAUUCCGGCGACGAGCUCAGGACGUCACUCGCCCUCAGUGACCUGGUGCUGAACGAAGUAGGCACUCAUGAGCUAACGGUGGAUGUUGCAUACUCCGCUGACUUCCUUGGAGCUUCCUCGGGGACCUAUGACGCGUGGGUGAUCUCCGGCUUCGUAUCCCUGCUGCCACCUUUGUUCGUGGUUCUCGUGGCUGGAUUGACUCAGGAAGUCUUGUGGGCACUGUGGGUCGGUCUGUUUGUGGCCGGGGCCAUCGUCCACCAGGGGAACAUCUUCGAUGCAUUCUUGAGGACUCUGGACACAUACUUGGUGAACUCCCUCGCGGAUUCAGGUCAUGCCUUCGUCAUCCUCUUCUCCUGGUUCCUCGCUGGGCUCGUGGCAGUUGUGCAGAAGUCGGGGGGUGGCCAUGGCAUCGCCAACAUCAUGCUGAAGCGGAUCUCGACGCGACGUGGUGUCCAACUAGCAGUGUACCUUCUGGGCUUUGUGAUCUUCUUCGAUGACUAUGCGAACACGCUGAUUCUCGGCAACACCAUGCGAGGCCGACGGGUCGGCCUCAUCAACGAUCAGCUGGAGACCCUGAAGGGGCUGGGGUACACAGAUGCCCUGGCCGAAGCCGGCCUCACGAGCGGCUAUGGCAUCUUCCUCUCCUCUCUGGCAAGCAGGUACUAUCCCAUCUUCAUGCUCGUCUUCCAGCUGAGCCUGAUCAUCUUCCAGCGCGAUGCUGGCCCAAUGCUUCAGGCAGAACGCCGUGCCGUGGACGACAAGCAGGUCAUUUCGCCCACGGCCAAGGAGAGUGAGGUGACUCUCGAUUCAUCCAUGGAGCCAUCGGAGAGCACGCCCAAGUUGUGGUGGAACAGCGUGGUGCCGAUUCUUUCGACUCUGAUAGCUGUGUUCGCUGCCCUGCUGGUCACGGGCUACAACACCACUGUGGAUGGUGGCCAGGAGAUGACUGCAGAGAACUUGUUCGGCAACGGGGACUCUUACUCCGCCCUUCUCUGGGGAGGGUUCAUCGGGAGCGUAGUCACCUGGGUCUUCAUCCGUUUGCAGUAUCAGUACAAGGGCGAGAUCUACAAUCAAUGGAAGCACUGGGUGUCCUGUGACUUUCGCAUGCAGAUCGAUGGAGAUGACGCUGAGGCGCCACGGCCCAUUCUCAACUUCAAGGAAUCCUUGGAUGUGUGGAUUGAAGGCGUCAAGGGCCUCACCGCUCCAGUGUUGGUGCUGCUCAUGGCCUGGGGCAUUGGUGCCGCAGUCAAGGAUGUCUCGUGCGACCUCUUCUUUGCCAGCGUGUUCUCAUCAGAUGACUUGGAUUAUCGCUCCUUGCCGACGCUUACGUUCUUGAUCUCCUCGCUGAUGUCUUUCUGCACUGGCACUUCUUGGGGAACCAUGUCCAUCAUGUUCCCGCUUGUCUUGCCAGCGGCGUGGAUCAGCUCGAACGGAGACCAAGAAAUUUUCGUGCUGGUUGUCUCUGCCAUUUUGGCAGGAUCCGUUUUUGGAGACCAUGCAACUGCCAUCUCGGACACCACGAUCCUCUCUUCCAUGGCUACCAAGUGUGACCUCCGCCACCACGUCGUGACACAGCUUCCCUACGCUCUCUUCGUGGCCGUCGUGGCGAUUCUCAUGGGCUACCUUCCGGCCUCCUUCCUCUUUCCAGGUUGGCUCGGCCUACUCCUGGGCAUCGUCGUGAU